UCGGCGUCUGGCCUCACUCGCGGCUCCGCCGAUUGGCUGACUCUCUGCUCGCCCCCGCCCUCCGUACCCCCCCGGGUCCCAGGUGGCUCAGGCCCCCUGUGGCGCUCUCUGUUUACCUUGAGAGCCCGUCCAAGUUGGGCUCCAUCUCUGCAUUUGCUCCCCUCUGGGGCCCCGCCGGGCCGGGAAGCGGGGAGAAAACCGGGCAGAGCCAUUCCUCGCCCUUCCCCUCCCCGCACCGCCCGGAGAGGUCGGGCAGUGAUGACCCCCAAGCCAGCCGGACCCCCGGACGGGGGCUGGGGCUGGGUGGUGGCGGCCGCAGCCUUCGCGGUGAAUGGGCUCUCCUACGGACUGUUACGCUCCCUGGGCCUCGCCCUCCCUGACCUCGCGGAGCAUUUUGACCGAAGCGCUCAGGACACUGCGUGGGUCAGCGCCCUGGCCCUGGCCGUGCAGCAGGCAGCCAGCCCAGUGGGCAGCGCCCUGAGCACCCGUUGGGGGGCGCGCCCCGUGGUGAUGGUUGGGGGCGUCCUCACCUCGCUCGGCUUCGUCUUCUCGGCUUUCGCCCGCAGUCUGCUGCACCUCUACCUUGGUCUGGGCGUCCUUGCUGGCUCCGGCUGGGCCCUGGUGUUCGCCCCUGCCCUGGGGACCCUCUCCCGUUACUUCUCCCGCCGUCGAGUCUUGGCCGUGGGGCUGGCACUCACGGGCAACGGGGCCUCCUCGCUGCUUCUGGCGCCCGCCUUGCAGCUCCUCCUUGAUAAUUUCGGCUGGCGGGGCGCCCUGCUCCUCCUUGGCGCCAUUACCCUCCACCUCACCCCCUGUGGCGCCCUGCUGCGACCCCUGGCGCUCCCUGGCGACCCUCUGGCCCCACCCCGAAGCCCCCUAGCUGCCCUUGGCCUGGGUCUCUUCACACGCCGGGCCUUCUUAGUUUUUGCUCUAGGCACGGCCUUGGUGGGGGGCGGGUACUUCGUCCCCUAUGUGCACCUGGCGCCGCACGCUUUAGAUCGGGGCCUGGGGGGGUAUGGGGCGGCGCUGGUGGUGGCGGUGGCCGCGGUGGGGGAUGCGGGCGCCCGGCUGGUCUGCGGGUGGCUGGCGGACCAGGGUUGGGUGCCCCUCCCGCGGCUGCUGGCGAUGUUCGGGGCUCUGACAGGGCUGGGGCUGCUGGCGGUGGGACUGGUGCCGGUGGUGGGGAACGAGGAGAGCUGGGGGGGCCCCCUGCUGGCCGCGGCUGGGGCCUACGGGCUGAGCGCCGGAAGUUACGCCCCGUUGGUUUUCGGAGUGCUCCCGGGGCUGGUGGGCAUCGGAGGUGUUGUACAGGCCACCGGGCUGGUGAUGAUGCUGAUGAGCCUCGGGGGGCUUCUGGGCCCUCCCCUGUCAGGCUUCCUAAGGGAUGAGACGGGAGACUUCACCUCCUCCUUCCUCGUGUGCGGCUCUUUCAUCCUCUCUGGCAGCUUCAUCUACCUGGGGCUGCCCAGUGCGCUACCCUCCUGCCGUCCAGCCUCACGUCCAGGCACCCCACCCCCCGAGAGGGGGGAGCUUCUCCCCGUCCCUCAGGUUGCCCUGCUCUCGGCAGGAGGCCCUCACUCCACUCUGGACACCACUUGUUGACCAUUUUCUUGUUUGAGCCCCUGCCCCAAUAAAGACUUUCUAUCUGCUUUUCCUG